AUGGGCAUACCUUUGGACAAAGCUUCACUUUUAGCUUUGUUUCUCGAGACUUUGUUUUAUGGCGUAUUUUUCACUCUGUACUGUUUAACACUAUUCAUCCUACUCAAGAAAAACGGCAUUAACCGACAACUCCUUAUCCCAGUCGCAACCGUGCUGCUCUGUAUUGCAACCGCCCAUCUCAUCGUUGAUUUUGUCCGAGUUUUGGAGGCAUUCGUAUUCAAAAUGGAUAUGAUUAGUGCAAAUUCCUACUAUUCCAACCUGGCUUCGCCAUUGGAAUACGCAAAAACUGCACUUUACGUUACGCAAACCGUUCUCGCUGAUUGUGUCCUUGUUUGGCGAUGCUAUGUACUUCACAACAAAAGCCUCUUCGUUGCCAUUCCUGGUUUAAUCGUGCUGUCCACAAAUGCGGUGACCGGGUACUGUAUCAUUUGGUCCCUUUCGCAAGCCAACAAUUCGUCCACCGUUUUUACCACUGGCCAUCCAUUCAUCACCACAUUCUUCACAUUGACUAUGGUGAUCAGCGUUACCUGCACUACUUUGAUUGCCUGGCGCAUCUAUCGCUUUCGCCGUUUUAUGUCAAACCGACUCGGAUACGUUGCGUAUCUACCGAUUUUGAUCGUCAUUGUGGAAAGUGGCGCUUUAUAUGCGACGGGCGUCCUUUCGAUUCUUCUGACAUACUUGAUUGGAUCCAAUGGUCAAUACGCCGUGCUGGACGCCGUCUCUCCUAUCAUGGGAAUCGUAUUCUGCCUCAUCAUCCUGCAAGUACACUUCCAAGUAGGUGGCAACUCCCAAAUUGCACAGCCCCCUGAACAAAUGGACAUUCUCACCGGCUCUCUCGAGAGUGAGAUGUGCGAGACGUGUUCUGCAGUAUGA